AGCCGCCACGGCACUUCGCGGAGUUCGCGGUCUCGUUCCGUGUACUUCAUCAACCGCAGCCAUUGCUGCAGCAGCCGCAGCCUUACGCAGCGCGGCCGGACUGACAGCGGGACUUCCAAUCGGUUCUGUACCUACCGUAUCCGGUCUGACUCCUAUAGUUGGUGUGCCGGGAAUCAGCAGCUUACUUCAAGGUCAAGCUCAGCAAUCGUUGAAUGCAGCCAAUCAACUGCAAGCUGGUCUUGGCACGCUCCAGUCUGCCGGUUCUGUGACCAAUAAUCAGGCCUUGCUGGCCGCAUUAGCAUCAGCCUCACCGGCCACAGCAGCAUACAAUCCGGCAGCCACGGCCGCACUUUAUCUGACCGACCCGAACACGGCAGCUCUGUUGGCUGGAUACGCAGCUGCCUUGGGUGGAAAUGCAGCUGGAUGCCUGGCUAAUGCUGCUGCUGGUGCUCAAGCAGUUCCCGCGUUCAACUCGCCCGCACAAACUGUCGGGCUGGUCAAUUCUUUGGCAGCGAUGGGUGUGCUACCUCAAGGCUCUCAAGUGUUUGCACCCGCGGCGCACGCAUCACUUGUUGGAAACCCCUUAGUAAGUGGUGCGACUGCACCAGUGACCGCCUAA